AUGGCCGGACCCUGGGAUGCCUUCAGCAGUAAGUACAAAGUCCACCAGGAAUCGCACGACUGCCUAGCUCAUCUCAUUAAGCACGGCGCCAGGCCUUUCAGCACCUACCAGAUCACCGAGGCCCGAGAAGCAUUCCAUAAUAUUUGCCUUACAGCGGCAGGAACUGUCAACUUCGAUGGCCAAACACAGGAGCUGAAAAUUCCUUCACCAUACAGCAAGGAUGGAAUCGCAGCAUCCGUCUACAAGCCGAACAAACUGGCUGCAACCCCUGCUAUUCUAAUUUACUUCCAUGGAGGUGGCCUGUGUAUGUUUGAACGCAAAUAUUUCGAGUCCUCAUUGCAACUUCUUGCUCAAGAGGCUGGCUGCAUCAUUGUCAAUUCCGACUAUCGGUGGCUGCCAGAUAAUAAAGGGUAUGCUCCCUUUGACGAUGGCGUUGUUGUGACGAAGUGGGUCUUGGAAAAUAAAAAGAGCGUUGGAGGACAACCCGGAAGCAAAGUUGGUGUUGGUGGUGAUAGUUCUGGAGGACAGAUUGCCAUCAGUGUCACUUAUGAUGUCCAAGGGUUGGACUUCCUUGAGUUUAAAAGCAUCCCAGUGUUGCCUCAUCCAGAUCUACAAUAUUUCACUAAACUAGUGGAGCAGGCGAUCCCCAACCAAGCCACGGACCCAAGAGUGUGUCCACUGGCAAGAACUAACCUGAAGAACCUUCCGCCAACCUUGGUUUUAGUUGCCCAGCUCGAUCCUGAGAGAGACGGUGGCCUGGAAUUUGCAGAGAAAGCCAAGGCAGCUGGAGCUAACGUUACAAGUUACGUCAUCGAGGGUGUUCCCCACAUCUUCUUUGGAAUGGAUGGCAUCUACAAGACCAAGUGUGCCGAGGCCAGAUCCUACAUGGUUCCUUUUAUUAAACAGUUUCAAAAGGCGACCUGA